AUGGCCAAGUCCGUUUCUGUUGUAGCAAUCAUAGUAGUUUUAGUACUCUUGAGCCUAGCUCAGGCCACAGAGCUCACAAAAAACACCACCAGUGGCGUUGAUGAGGAAAAACCCUUGAUUCCUCCGGGCCGAGAGCCGUGGCGGCAGAGAUGCGAUCAGCAAAUCAAGCAACAGAUGGGCCAUAUUCGGGGUUGUCGGGCUUACUUAACGUACAUAACUCGGCCGGAAACUCAACCCGGAGGAGGCCGGGGGACAGCCCAACAGUUCCUGAUGGAUUGUUGCCACGGCAUCAAGAACAUGCCGGAGCAGUGCCGGUGUGAGGCCGUGGAAAGGGCACUGAAUUUGCAGCCAGGGGAGUUUCAGUUUGUAAGAAUGAAUAAUAUGAGGACGAUUGCUAGCGGCCGAAGAGGACCGCCACUGGAGAAGAAGAGAGAUUGCAAGUUUGAGAUUGGUCGCGGCAUUCGGUUCCUUCGCUAUUGCGAGUGCUACUUGCAUAUUAUAAAGGGCGCGCAUGAUUGCGGCGAAACAGGCACGCCGAUGAUCGAUAUCGACCCGGACGUGUUGUACGAGAUACCGUGUUGCGAGACACUACAGGGUAUGCCGGAGGAGUGUCGGUGCGGCGCGGUGAGGGCGGUGCUAAGGAUGCUUCAGGAAGAUUGGCCGGAAGAAGGGAUGGAGGAGAUGAAGAAGUUGGCAAAGCUUCCUUCCAUGUGUUUGUCACGUGGUCCUCAACAAUGCCAAGUUUAA